GCCGGGCCGAGGGAGGAGGGUCUGACAGUUGGCGCCGCCGGGGAGGGAGGGCGGGCGGCGCGAGUGGGCGCGGGCAAGGAGGGUCAGAAAGUCAGCGCUGGAGAUGGGCUUUUAAUGAAGGAGAGAGGCAAUUGAGUCCAGCAGGGUGACCUCUGCAGCUGUAGGGAGAGGAUACCAGUACUCAAAGGCUUCUGGCUCCCGGGAGCAGCACCAGGGCCAGGGAGACAAUGGUCUCAGUGACUAUGGCCACUUCCGAGUGGAUCCAGUUCUUUAAGGAAGCCGGCAUUCCUCCCGGGCCUGCUGUCAAUUACGCCGUGAUGUUUGUGGAUAAUAGGAUCCAGAAGAGCAUGCUGCUGGAUCUCAACAAAGAGAUCAUGAAUGAGCUGGGCGUGACUGUGGUGGGUGACAUCAUCGCCAUCCUCAAGCAUGCCAAGGUGGUGCACCGCCAGGACAUGUGCAAAGCUGCCACUGAGUCCGUGCCCUGCAGCCCCAGCCCCCUCCCAGGCGAGAUUCGCCGAGGCACCUCUAGCGCUGCCUCUCGAAUGAUUGCUAACAGUCUGAACCGUGACUCCCCACCCGGCACUCCACCGAGGCGGCCGGACACCAGCACCUCCAAGAUCUCAGUCACCGUGUCCAACAAAAUGGCAGCGAAGACUGCCAAGGCUGCCGCAGCCCUGGCCCGCCGCGAAGAGGAGAGCCUGGCCGUUCCCACCAAGCGGCGCCGGGUCACUGCCGAGAUGGAGGGGAAAUACAUCAUCAACAUGCCCAAAGGCACCACCCCCCGGACCCGUAAGAUCCUGGAGCAGCAGCAGGCGGCAAAAGGUCUCCACAGGACGUCCGUGUUCGACCGCCUCGGCGCCGAGACCAAGGCAGACACGACAACAGGGAAUAAACCCACAGGAGUCUUCAGCCGCCUGGGGGCCACCCCAGAGAUGGACGAGGAUCUGGCUUGGGACAGCGACAAUGACAGCAGCAGCUCUGUCCUGCAGUAUGCCGGGGUCCUGAAGAAGCUGGGCCGGGGCCCAGCCAAGUCCAGUCCCCAGCCAGCACUGACUGUCAAAGCUAAGGCCACAAGUUCGGCCACAACGGCUGCCACCCCAACACUGCGGCGUCUGGCCCUUUCCUCACGCCCUGGACUCGAGAGGAAGCCAGAGUCCCUGUCCAAAGGCAGCAUCAUCCAGAGACUGGGCAAGGCUGCCCUUGUGCCUGAGGCCCAGGACAGCCAGGUCACGAGCACCAAGAGUAAGUCCUCAGCCGAGGUCAAGGUCACCAUUAAGAGGACUCUGGUGGGGCCCCGGGGGAACAGCUCCAGCGAGGGCCUGGGUGCCCAGAUGGACCAUGCGGGCACAGUGAGCGUGUUCAAAAGACUGGGCCGCAGGACCUUCUAGCCUCUGGGCGGGGCGCAGUCCCCUCUCCAGGCUCCUGGCUCCGGCAGAGGCUCCAGUGAGGGCGCGCCCAACCCUCUGCCGGCUUCUGGAUGACACUGCUUGUCUCCCUCGGCAUUGGAGCCGGCCCGAGCUUUCUGGGGACUCACCCCAGUUUUCUGAGUCUGAGAUGGUCGUUGUGACCUGGCCUUGCCGCUCCGGUCUUUCCUUUCUCUCACGUCCUCUGUUCUCUCCUCUCUGACUGUGGCCUUGGCAGGGCACACUCCUCUACCUCUCCCAGAGCCAAGUGCCCUUUUCCCUCCCCCAUUCCCCUUCCUGCCUCUCAGCAGCAUCUGCUGCCUCAGCCCCAGCUCCUCAGCCUUCCAGUCCCCCAGAGCGGGUGUCACCUGGAGGGCCCGACUUCCCGACUUCCCGACUUCCCCUCGCCCCUCUGCCCCGUCCCCAUGCUACUUUAACUUCUCGGUCUCUCCCUCUCUUCAUGCUGUUCAUUUCUCUUCUGUUUUCUGUCCCUGUGGCAAGGCCCGACUGUGCGCUGCGUCCUGCCUGACCCUCCUGCGCCUCCGGCCUCCCAGCGGCCCCGUCGACGGUGGCGUCGAGCCUGUAGAGACUGUUAGCCGCCCUCGCUCCCAGACCCUGGGCUGCAGCAGGGCCCCUCUGUUUUCCGGCCCUGGGCGUCUUUUUCUCUGAAAGCCUGUGGCGGGUGGCGAGCAAGGGUCACCGGGAAGGGAGGCCAGUGCCGAGAGAGAAGAAAACAGCUGUUUUAAUAUAUUUUUGUGGCUUUCAAA